AUGAUGUGCUGCAGCGCACGUUUGGUAAACAACGAAUGGAAUGAUUUCAAUUCUCGUAGUGAACAACAACAUGCCUUACGACAAUUCCUCAGGGAACUCAUUCAGGAACGUACCGCUACUACAACUGUCUGUCAAGGUAAUGUUGGUUGUGAUGGCUUUUGUGAUUCUGGUACGAAUUAUGAUUCAAGUAGCACUUGUGGUUUAGCAUGUAAUAGUAAGAACGUUAUCGGUGCUUUUGAUACUGCUACUGGUAAAGUUGGUGCUAGUGGUAGUUGCGCUGCGGAUUCUAGCUUUUGCCGUGGUGGUACUUAUACAUUUGUACGUAAUAUUUAUAGUGAUGUUAAUUUUGAUUGUGGCUUUUCGUCUGCCAGUUGUGGAUCUUAUGGUGGUUGUUGUGUUGGUUUUAAUCAACCUAAUACAACUACUAAAAAUUUGUAUUGCAUUAAAUGUCAAUACUAA